AUGGACAAAGCAACUGAGCCAAACAAACCCUCCAAGGGCGUCAACACGAACGAAGCCAAAGACUCAUUCCCGUCAUCAGCACCACCUCAUUAUGUAGAGAGAGCCAAUCGUGCCUUUGAAAUGGCCAAACGUAUCUCUGGUGGCGCAAACCUACAGACCGUCGCAGGUGAUUACAGCAUGACAACCGAACAAGUCUGCCAGAUGAUUGCCAUGUUUGCAGUGCAAGCAGGGGAAAUCGGGAAAGCGACGCUUGGAUCGUGUUCUUUGACAACUGACAAGUCGUACGCACAAAAGCAGGAGACCAUGAACACCAUCAUCGGAGAGAACAAAGAAGGUACAGGCAAGGCAAUCCAAGAUCAGUGCGAGCAAGUGAAGCAGCAGACAAGAGAUGAUGGUACGAAGGGAUCCGACAAAAAAGAAGAAUGGCAUUCGAAGACGCAAGACGAAUACCUUCCGGAUGGACACGGAGGCUAUGUCCGCAGCCAUCCGAACCCAUUCGUUAUGUGGUACCCGUCGAAGAAACCCAGCAGUGGCAAGUAG